GCUAGAUGGCUGUCGGGCAGGCGCGCGCCAGUAUUAUCUCUCCCUCACCCUCCCCACUCCCGUUUUCUCUAAACUAAACAAGCAAAAAUCAGAAGCAGAAUCAUAAUAAUACUACCACUAUUCGCCAUAUUUAAUCAGAGAGACGGGCUGGUGAGGUUGACCUGUUAUUAAUUCCAAUCUCCCGUACGCAGCAACAAUUACAUAAAUAAAAAGUAAAAAACCCAUUCGUUGUUGAGUGCUACUGCUAUCUAUCUUGUCUAACCUCAACAAGAAAUCCAGACUCUGGCACAUGCUUCUUUCAUUUUUGUUCUUGUGCUUGGAUUGUUGCUCCUGAACUUGGAAUGAGACUCAACUUUAUUCCUUUUUAGUAGGGAUGUGCUUGUUUGGUGACAAAUAGUCGCCUCCCCUUUCGAACAAUUUAUCCACAGAUCUUUAUGAUGCUCUUACUUAUUGCAAUCAUGCCUGAGAAAAUAACAGCGGAAAAACUUAUCAACAAUCUAGUAGAAACUUUUGCUGAAACUGUUCCAAAGAAGAAAUCUGUGUCAUUUUUUGAGGAAGAAAACAAAUCUGUCACUUCUCGUCUCAAUCGUCUAUUUGGGCGACAGAAGCCUAUCCACCAUCUUUUGGGAGGUGGAAAAUCUGCCGAUGUUCUCUUAUGGAGGAACAAGAAGAUCUCAGCUGGUGUUUUAAUUGGGGCAACAGCCAUCUGGGUGCUCUUUGAAUUGCUUAAUUACAAUUUCUUGUCUCUUGUAUGCUAUGCUGUGGUUCUCGGUAUGCUUGCUCAAUUUGUUUGGACAAAUGCUUCAGGCCUAAUCAACAGGGCUCCAUCUCAGGUCCCCCGCCUUGUACUACCUAAAGAUAUAUUUGUCAGCAUCGGCAGAUCAAUUGGUUCUGAGGUUAACCGUGAUUUGCAGUUUCUUCAGGAUGUGUCAUGUGGAGGAAACUUGAAAAAGUUUCUUGUGGUUGUAGCAAGCUUGUUGGUUGCUGCAAUUAUUGGGAGCUGGUGCAACUUUCUAACUGUUAUAUAUAUUGGUUUUGUCGCUGCCCAUACAUUGCCAGUCCUGUAUGAGAGAUAUGAUGAUGAAGUUGACGACUUUGUGCACAUGGCAUUGGAUCAGCUCCAAUAUAACUACCGUAAGCUUGAUGCCGGAUUCCUCAGUAAGAUCCCCAAAGGAAAAUUCAAGGGAAAGAAGCACGAAUAGAUUCACUUAGUGAUGUAUCAGUGAAUUUGGUAGCUGUCCUAGCAAAUUUACGUGCUGGAUAUCGAGUAAAUCAUUGAUGUAGUAUGCCAUGUUGUUAACUUAAAUCUGCCAGAGAAUGUUGAUAUGGCCAGCCUGUGAAUUCACGAUGUUUUGAAGGAGUAUAAUUUGGCCAA